ACAUGACAUAGGGGGUGUUGGGUAGAGGGAGGAAGAUGGCGGCCGUGGUGGAUGAUGAGGUAAUGGAGCGGCCGGCUGCAGCAACAGCGCCACUACCACCAUCGUCCUGUGCCCCGGUAGCGCCUUUGGCGAUGGGACCUGGCGACGUGGAACCGGCUGAGGCUGUCGGAGGAGGCAGGAGGACCGAUGAUUUUGGAGUAGAGACAGCAGAGGAAGCCACAGAACCUUCAGAGCCAGACAUCAAUGAACUCUGCAAGGAUAUGUUUACCAAAAUGUCUCUCUACCUGCAAGGAGAACUCACAGCUACCUGUGAAGAUUACAAACUGUUGGAGAACAUGAACAAACUGACUGGCCUUAAAUACCUAGAGAUGAAGGAAAUUGCUCUUAAUAUUAACCGCAACCUCAAAGAUCUCAAUCAGAAAUAUGCCAGUCUACAGCCAUAUCUUGAUCAGAUUAAUCAAAUAGAGGAACAAGUUGCAGCACUGGAACAAGCAGCCUAUAGAUUGGAUGCAUACUCCAAGAAGCUAGAAGCCAAGUUUAAGAAAUUAGAGAAACGAUGACUUUGACAGGUUUGAAGAUGUCACAGAUGAUGUACGUUUAUCUUUGGAUGUAUCACAAGACAUUGGAGAAAGAACGGGAGAACUGAUAAAACUUGUGGUCAUGAAGAGAUUAUUGGUGGGUUCUUCAGUGACCAGUCUACAAAGAUUGAACGGUGGCUGUGUUGUGACAGCCUUUUUCUUCCUCACCCCCACCACCGCUCCCCCCCCCCCACCCUCCAAAACUGACUGUACAGGGAAGUCGAUGAACAAAGUAGAGGACUGCCACUUGAGGACAAUAGGAAACCUUUACUGUGCAAACUGCUUAAGAAUCCAGCUUCUUAAAUUGAUUUUUCACAAUUUGGAUGAAUUGUUUCUCCACUGUGACUACUAGGGCAAAGCCACCUGGACUGUUCCCAACAAGAGCAUAACAAUAAGAUAAGGGCCUGCAAGUCAUUAAUCAAUCCUUUCUAUGGGCAGAACUUCCAAAUCGUAUUCGGCGAAGGUUAUAGCUAACAAUGAUCGUAUUGGUAAAUUAAGAAAAGUGCUUAUUGAAUAGCAUAUUAAUUCUUAGUAAAUGGGUUUACUUGUGAUGGUUCAUUAAUUCUCACUUGAGAGACUUUGGUGAGAGAUGCAAUUUUUUUUAAAAAAGUGAACUUGAUGUAUAUAUAAAAAUAGAAACUAUGCAUUGGCGUCAAUGAAAACAUUCAAAGAUCAUCUGCAAAAGUCCAAAAUGCGGUUGGGUGUGAAGAGUAAAAAUGAUCUUUAUUUUGUAAAUAUUUGCACAGCUUUGCACAUCCUGUUCAUGACUACCAUUGGGUUAAAUCUUCUGUAUAUAAACUCGGGGUCUGUACUGCUACAAUUCUGACAGAGGCCUUAUUAUCUGCAUUAACAGAACCUACCAUGACAUUGUGGAAAUAAUCGUUUUUGAGGUUGAGUUAAAAAUUAGUGAUUCUAAGAUCAAUGUCUUGAACUAUAUAAAACAAACUCUUUUUCUCUCUGUAAACUUGCUUUUCUAAAUAUUCAGUUACCCUGAGAAAUGUUGGCACUUCCUUGUAUUGAUAAUCGCUUUCGCUUCCUCUUCCUCCCUGUUUGCUGUUCUAAUUUCUGGUAUUGAUGUUCUCCUACCUUGUCCUAGUACUGCAGCAGUUUCUGGCAUUGUUUGGUAACUUGUUUCCUGGUUGACACUUACAAGUCAUUGUCAUUGCUAAACCCCGUUCCUUUUCAGAUUCAUGACGGUCGUACCUCCCUGCUGUCUGAUCUGUGUCAGUGGUUCUAUCAGUGAGCCUUUGCAGCCUUUUUGGGUCCUGCCUGAAAUAUAACCGCUAUAUGCUUUUAUGUCCUUCCAGAGAGUAAGCUAUCUCCAUUUGUCACGGUUCAUUUCUGUACAGGAAUUCCACACGUUUGGAUAGUUUGUUUAAUCUGUCUGCUGCAUUGGUGGUCAGUCCAUGACAAUGAUGCACCCAAAGUGAAGAAUUGACAUUUGCUUAAGAGUCUAGUAUGUAAUCAGUUGUAUAGUGAAACAGGCCAUCUGAUCUACAGUGACAUUCAUCCUCCACACUGAUCUCCUCUCAUAUCUUUAACUCUUCAACAUAUCCUUCUGUUCUUUUCUGCUUACGUUUAACUAGCUUCUUGAAGAAUUUUUUAUAACAUCCCCAUCUAAUUUAUUAGUCUUGUCUUUCUGUCUCCCACUUAAGCUGUCAUUGGUGCACAGAAGGAGCUCUCUCAGCGUACCUUAUCAAAUGCCUUCAUAAUGUUAAAAGCAUCUCCUUGCAUGAUUCUUUCUUAGUAGCAGUCCCAGCCUGUGCAAUUUUUCCGACCAGGUAUAAACUUGGCUCAAGUAAUAUCCCAGUAAAUCGUUCUGCCCUUUCUCCACUGCUCUAACCAUUAUCGCUGGCAAUUCUGUUGGUUAAGGGUACAGUUUCACCUUUUGCUGCACAGUGCUGUGCUGUCAUAACAGAUCUGACUUUCGGUAGCCUGGAUGUCUAACAGGACUUUUGUUUAACCUUGGGUGGUCACUAUAUGUACUGUCCAUCUUUUGGCAAUAGUGAUUCCGAAGAAUGGUCGUGAAUUUGCUGCCUUUUGAUCAAUCUCGUACAAUAGAAUCUUGAGUGCUAAUCUGUUUGAGAACAUACUUGUCUCUUAUUUUAGAAAAUCUUUCUGUUUACCAGAAACUGAGAACAAUAGUUGCAAUUGUACUAAAAUAAACAAUAAACUUCUGAAUUUGAAAAUUAAA